AUGUUCCGGCAAAGUAGACGAACGAUCCAUGUCCUCCGAGACCAACCCACGCCUUCCCUCGAACGACUCUCCAAAAGAGCACGUCUAUUGCCGUCUAGUCCUAUCGAGCUAGAGACCUCUUCGUCCUCUCGGAUUCUCUCUUUCCCUCCCUCUCACGCCUUGUCAUCAUGGUCCGCCCCACCUCGCACCUUGCUCCUAGUACAAAAACCGGACGACUCACGGGUUCGAUCCACAAUGGAAUCCGUUCUUUCACAUCUUACCACCCGAUAUCCUCAUCUCCGGCUAAUAGUUGAGCCUCAUACAGCCCGAGACCAUCCGGAAUUCCAUGACCUGACUGUUGUGGAGAAGGAAGACAGGGCUCUAUUGGGAUUGCAUACGGAAUUGAUUUUGACUCUGGGAGGAGAUGGGACUGUACUUCAUGUUUCAAAUUUGUUCGGACAAGGAGAAUGUCCUCCUGUUUUGUGUUUCUCCAUGGGAAGUCUGGGAUUCUUACUACCAUUUCAUAUUGAUUCCUUGGCUGAGGCUUUACAUACGACAUUGACUGGUCCGGUCCCCGUGUUGAACCGUAUGAGAUUGGCAUGUACUCCGGUGUCGGCUUCGGGAGAAGUGCUGGAUAGAUGUUCGGACAUGAUCGGAGAUGCCGGUUGGCAGGUCAUGAAUGAGGUCACGCUUCAUCGAGGAGGUCAAAGACCUUUAGUGGUGGUUGAUGCGUACUUUGACGGACAACAUCUUACAGAGGCGGUGGCAGACGGUCUCCUUCUCAGCACCCCGACCGGUUCGACCGCUUACUCGCUCGCUGCCGGAGGGCCUAUAUCACACCCCGAGACCGACGCUUUUCUCCUCACUCCCAUCGCACCACGAUCGUUGUCUUUCCGGACUGUUAUCCUCCCAGGUAGAGGAGUUGUCAAACUACAGGUGUCUGACCGUUCUCGAGCCCCGGCUGAACUCUUGGUGGAUGGACGUGAAAUCUGUAUGCUACACUCUGGCGAAUCGGUGAUCAUCGCAAAGUCCCCAUUUCCCAUUCCAUGCAUCGAAAGGUCUGAAGGAGGUAACUCUUGGGUCAGGGAUAUCAACUCUUUGUUACAGUUCAAUGUCGGGUUCCGGAAUAAAAGUUUGGCACCUGGAGGUUCUGGUGAUUGAAGGGAUAUGGACGUAUAGCGGGUAUCUUUGAUCUAAGUAUAUCGAUAAUAAUGACAGCCAUGCAUGUU